AUGGCACAACAAUACGGUCAAUCUCAGCAAUACGGCCAGCCCCAACAGCACGGUCAAGGCCCACAGUAUCCUCAAGGCCAACAAAUGCCUCAUGCUGAGAAGCAGCACGCACAAGCCACCUCAGCAUACGCACACGCCCAUGGCGCACAAGGAAAAUGGUCCUUCGGUCUCUUUGACUGCUGCUCUCCAUUCGGCACUUGCUGUCUAGCAACAUGGUGCCCAUGUAUGCUCUACCAGAAGAACCACGAUCUCGAGCGUGGUGACGCCGAUUCCAGUGGUUGUGGCGGGCAGGUGUUGGUUGGGUCGGACAAGUCCGAAUUCGUCAUACACAAGAACCUCAUCUGCGCUUCGUCCACAUUCUUCACCCGCGCUUUCGCGGGCAACUUCGCCCAAGGUGCUUCUCAACAAAUCGAGCUACCAGAGGAGAAGUCGUGUCUCUUCAAAUUCUUCUGUGACUGGUUAUACCUGGCUGAGUACUAUGGGGCUAAUUGGUCUCGGAUACCUAUCGAGACGGAGUAUGGGUUAGAUACUCGCUGGCUGUUGCUCGACCACAUGGGCGAUCGGCUAAUAAUCCCGGGAAUACAAGUGCUCGUGUUGAGACAGUUUUUAAUGAGGCUAUUCACUAUACAAGGGGCAUCUGUCCCGACCGAGGAGAUGAUGAAGCUCAUCUACGAGCCGGAUGGAGAGAAGCUCUUCAGAAAGUACAUCACAGAGCAUGUCGCUUUUUGGCUUUCAACUACCGGCAACCGGGACGCGUGGGGUAGCCAUUGCAAGGGCAUCAAAAAGUUGGGGACUGAUUUACUACUGGAAUUGGGCUCCAAGUUCCAAGGAGACAACCGGCUUCUUUCUGUCGCCCAUCCUUCAGAAAGAUUUGUCGAGCUCACAACUUCGCAGGGUCUCGAUUUUGAGGAGCUAGUUAAGAAAGCUCGACUGGCAGAUACUAAGACCUUAUCCAAGGAGUCAUCCAGUAUGUUCCGCCAAAACCGGACGAUGCAUCGAAUCCCAAAACGACAGCCGGUCUCGUCGACGGAUGUGCCAGAGAUGGGCGGGGUAGAGGUCGAGGCGAUCAAGCUAGAAGACGACGAGGUGGCUUGUGACCGAGAGAUAUACCAAGUCCAACCGGAGUCAAGAGUGUCCACCAACUUAGUCACAACCGGAACUAUCCAAUUUGUUACCCUUAGCACGAUUGCCUUGACUAGAUCGGCAACGGAUUGA